AUGAUCAGAGUGUACCGACCACCUCUUGGAACCACACUCCAGAAGAAGACUGAGAAGGCCCUGGCCGGCGCCAAGAAGAGAACCGGUGAUGCUCGCAACGCCAUUGCCAAAACUGCUGACCGUCGCCGUGCCAUGGUGAUGGCUCAGGCCCCUCAGCGCCCCGCCUUCGGUGCCUCCAUGGAGGAGCACCGUUACUGGCGCGACUCGCAGAGGCUUCGUCUGGUCCAAGGUGAUGCCGGUACUCUGAGUGUGCCGACCACCUCUUGGAACCACACUCCAGAACAAGUCUGCCGUCAAGACAACAGGAGCCCUCGGGACGACACGCUUCAGUACUCGUCUCAGUCAACAGACAUCGACGGUGUUCUCAAAGUAGAAAAAGAUACGGACUUCGGGAAACGCGGUGGCACCACAAAACACAAGACUCCCACAAUGAAGAUGGAUCGUCCCUGACUUGCCUGGUCAAGAGCAGGCGAGCCUGCCUCAACCUUGACGAAGUUAGGUUGCGACACUCCCAAGACGGCCACAACCGUCACGGCGCACAAACUCCCAGCUAC